AAAUGAGGGACUAUGUAUAAAAAUGGCUGUAACUCAGUGUGAUGCUGCUGUUAUCAUGUAUUUUCUGGGAGAUGAUCUGGAACCAAAACUGAAAGACAGAGAGAGAGAGAUUAGUAGAUUAAGUGGGAUUUUUCAGGUCUAAUGACUGAAGUCGUACAUAGAGUGCACAAGCGACAUUCCAACAGCCUGCGGGAUCAUGUUACAGGGCAAAAAAGGCCUUUCCAGGCGAGUGAAAGGCACAAUAAUGGGCUGGUGGACGUAGUGGUCCAUCGUUUCCUUUACGCACAUCCUCCCGAUGCAUCCGUCCCCCGAUCAAUCAGUGAACACUGUUAUCAGUCUUUGAUUUUAGGCCAUAUCACUCACACAACAAACUUUUGGUAUAAAAGGCUGGAUCUGCUCAGAAGGACCAGAUCUGCAGCAGAAGCAUCCCGCCUCUUGGACUUCGUUGUGAACGUAUCUCAUCUUAUCUUCACAGACAUGUCAGGGGAAGUUGUGGUGGUGUUUGCACUGAUGGCUGCACUGGUAGUGUCUGGUGCAGCCUCCUCACCUGAAUCCUCCGCAGCUGGAGAGGGUAAAGAGACUAACACACUACACCGGCUUCUGGCCAAGAGGGAAAAAGUGAGAGACUUGGCUCUAAGACAGGGGCUGGCACCUCAGACUCGCUCCGGGCGCAUGGAGAGACGGGCACACCUUUCGGAGGACGAGCGAGAGAUUAUGACCAAGCAAGUAAUGCAAGCAAUUUCAGAGAUGAUGAACUCUGAGUGCACGUCAGAUCGGGACUACCAGGGCUGGGUGGACUUUGGACGCCGAGACGCGGAAUGAGACACAACAAUGUCAACGACAACCUGAGAGCUCGAACUGCUUUUUGUUCAGAUUUUACAUACGGGAAACAUUUUAAAGUCCCUGAAAAUGUAUAAAUAAACUAUUUGGCAGAAUUAUUACAGUCGUUUUAUCCGUUGAUUUCAUCGCUGUCCAGAGGAAAUACAGAGACAUACAGAACUGUACUGGAUGU